CCCAGCUCUAUGGUUCACGGAUGACAUUGCGACAACAACCAUUGGCGACAUUAUUUGAGGCAUUCACCCUCCAUCAGUGAUAUUUCGGACUCAUCAGACUGCCGUUAUCAAUAUCUCAAGUUUCCGUGCAUCAGUCACCCAAACUUGACGUUCUCAUCGCCGCCCACUUAGACCCUUUUCAGCUGUACUUGCGACAAUUCACACUAUGCCAACCACCAGGAGAUCAACAGGAGGAGGCCGGGCCAGACCCGGCCCGGCACGAGGCCAAUCGACCAUCAGCUUCUCAAACCGAGUAUCGAAACCCGUACCCAAGGACACCAAGAAAUCGGUCGCUCUUUCCUCUGCCAUUGACCGAUCGGAUAUUGCCAAGCCAAGCAACAAGGAGCACAAGGACGAUGUCGACGAGAUCCAGAUCGAGGAUCCCGCGACCCCCGAGGUUGAGGAGGUGGAAGUGAAAGAAGAAGUUCCCCAAAAGUCGGAAGCCGAAGUGAGGGCCGAGAAGAUCAGCGACGCCCAGAUCAAUAAGUACUGGAAGUCGAUCGAGGCUCAGCGCAUUGCGCCUAGGGUGCACCAGGGCGAUAUGAGUCUGGCUGAGAGGGUGUUGCGAUACUUUGACGUCAGCUCUCAGUACGGUCCCUGCAUCGGACUCCAGCGCAUGAAGCGUUGGCAGCGCGCGGAGAGACUGGGCCUUAACCCGCCAAUCGAGGUUCUUGCGGUGCUCCUGAAGGAAGAGAAGAAGGGUCAUGCUUCGGAGCGGGCUCACUUGGACGAGCUCAUGAAUUCGACAGCGGUCGGAGCCUCAUGAUUGAUUUAGAGAUUCCCAGCAUACCUUACAUGCAAAGCAUCUAAAAGGUCAAAAAGACAAAAGAGUUAACUUAGCCCCCUCACCCCCUCCCCCCGGUGCUGAACUGGGGGCU